GAGAGGGAAAGCACGGGACCCGGGAGUACAGACACAGAGUCAGAGAGAGGCUGCAUCCUGCCGAACCGUGCUCAGACAUCCAGCACUCUGGACCUUCCCAGUACCAUGAUCAGGAAGGAGCUCUCCAGAUCCUACCAGGAGUUAAGUGAAGAAACAGAUGCAGGUCUGGGAGAGCCAGCUAUAACGGAGGAUAUGGAUGAAGAGGAUGUGGACCAGGAGGAUGCAGAAUCAUCUGUCCUGCCAGACUCGGAGACGGACAGGAACAGCCCACCAAUCCGUUUUAGCAGGACGUGCCUGAAGAACGUUUUCUCUGUGCUGUUAAUUUUCGUCUAUUUGAUGUUAAUGGGAGUGGCUGUGUUCAUCGUCUACCAAACCAUCACAGACUUCAAGGAGAAACUGAAACAUCCCGUUAUGUCCGUGUCCUACAAGGAGGUCAAUGUGUACGAUGCGCCAGGUAUUGCCCUCUAUCCAGGAAAUGCCCAACUUCUGAGCUGCAAGCACCAUCUCUAUGACCACAUCCCGCCUCUGGAAAAUCCAGGUCUUCCUGGAGAGAAUAAAUGUGUUACUCAGAAGAUCAACUACAUAGACCCUUUCACCAACCAAACCAUGAAAAACGCCUUAAUUGUACAAGGUCCUCGUGAUGUGAGGAAGAGGGAGUUGGUUUUCCUCCAGUUUCACUUAAAUGAAACCAAGCAAGACUUCAGCGCCAUUGAUUACCUGCUGUUUUCCUCUUACCAGAACUUCUUGAAAAGCCCAAAUAAGACAAAGUUCAUGCAGGACUGUGAGAGCUCGUUCUCCAGUUGGAAAUUCUCAGGAGGCUUUCGGACCUGGGUGAAAAUGUCUCUGGUUAAAACAACAGAGGAGGAUGGAAGUGAAUCUGUGGAAUUCCGUCAAGAAACUAGUGUUGUAAAUUACAUCGAUCGAAGAUCCAGUACAGAAAAGGGGGACCAGUUAUUUUUUGUGGUGUUUGAAUGGAAAGAUCCGUAUAUCCAGGAAAUUCAAGAUAUAAUCACUGCCAAUCCCUGGAGCAUGAUAGCCUUGCUAUGUGGGGUGUUCCUGGUCUUAUUUAAAGCAGCUGACUUUGCCAAACUCAGUGUUAAGUGGAUGAUUAAAAUCCGAAAAAGGCAUCUGAAGAAGAGAGCUCGGGAAUUGAACCACAUGAGCUGAAGAGGUGGAUAUCUGCCUUUCUUGCUCGAGCGCUGGAUGAAAAAAAGCAGAGACACUUAAAUUACACGAAGUGGUUUCGGUUUAACCUUUUGACUGCAAAAGUGCCUGCAACGUAGGAGGUUAAAAGCGUUGGCGGACAGAUACUUGAAUAUAGUCGAUAAAAAAAAAAAAAGAAAUGAUUAGCUCAGUUUAGCGCACAUAGAGUUACAGUUCAGUGUUCUCUUUUACAGAUAAUUAAUUUGUAAAGAAAAAUGUUUUAAAUAUAACUUUCUUAGUGAUCAUCUGGACAAUUCGGAGGAGGAUAAGAGCCAUACGAAGAGCUGCAAAUGUCCUAAUUUGGUACUUUUUAUCCUGAACUCAUCCUUCUAGGUGAUAGCUAGAAUCUGGAAUGUGAUUGGAGAGCAAAACAAUAAUGUGAAAAUUUCCUGGGAAAAAAAAAAACUGGAUUGUUUUUGACCUCAGCAAUUUUUAUU